CCCCUCGCAUUGCCACCGGCGCGUCGCCUACCUGCGUCCGCCUCCUCCAGCCACAGCCCGUCGCCCGCGGCCUCCGGCGAAGUUUGGUCGCAGCUCCUGAGCGUCCCGAGGACCAUGGAGAAGGGCCCGGUGCGAGCGCCGGCGAAGCCGCGGGACGCGGGGUGCAGCAAUGGGUGCCUGGAGGGGGAGCCGCGGCGCGGGCCGCCCAGCCGACCCGCCGAGAAGUCGCCGCGUCCCGAGACCAAGAGCGCCCAGCCGACGGACGGCUGGAAGGGCGACCGGCCCCGCAGCGAGGAGGAUAACGAGCUGAACCUCCCCAACCUGGCCGCCGCCUACUCGUCCAUCCUGCGCUCGCUGGGCGAAGACCCGCAGCGGCAGGGGCUGCUCAAGACGCCCUGGAGGGCGGCCACGGCCAUGCAGUUCUUCACCAAGGGCUACCAGGAGACCAUCUCAGAGAGGAAGGGAGAGGGACAGAAAGUCAGAAACAUCGAUGAGAGAGAAUCAUCGACCAGCUGCCCCCUGCACACCUUCCACUGGGGAUGUGCCUGCAACCAAGAUGUCCUAAACGAUGCUAUAUUUGAUGAAGAUCACGAUGAGAUGGUGAUUGUGAAGGACAUAGAUAUGUUUUCCAUGUGUGAACAUCAUCUAGUUCCAUUUAUUGGAAAGGUCCACAUCGGUUACCUUCCCAACAAGCAAGUCCUUGGCCUCAGCAAACUUGCAAGGAUUGUAGAAAUCUAUAGUAGAAGAUUACAAGUUCAAGAGCGCCUUACGAAACAGAUUGCCGUAGCAAUCACAGAAGCCUUGCGGCCUGCGGGAGUCGGGGUCGUGGUUGAAGCAACACACAUGUGUAUGGUAAUGCGAGGAGUACAGAAAAUGAACAGCAAGACUGUGACCAGCACGAUGCUGGGUGUGUUCCGGGAAGAUCCAAAGACGCGGGAAGAGUUCCUCACCCUCAUCAGGAGCUGCUGAACAUUCAGUGUACCCCGUGUGCUCCGCAGAUCAGGCCCCUAGUAGCAUUGGUUGUCUGGUUUCAUUGUUUGUACAAUUCUCUUCCCAAUUGUGAAACUUACUCCUUGUCACUAAUUGUGUUUAAUAAUUAUUUAUUGCAAAUCAAAUAAAGUUAAUUUUAAUAUGGGGUGGGCCCGCUGCUUUGUUCCUGCCACUGCGUAGUGGCACCAUUCACGCACACUGCCGAUAGCGUUGUUAUCACUGCCAUUCGGUAACUGAGGAUGCUGGGGAGAAAGAAAUAAUGUAUUCUGUUCAAAUAAUCUGGUGAUUUGGUUCAUAAGCGUAGGAGUGUUGGGAAUGGGAGAAAACUAUGGCCAAUAUACUGCUUCUUCCAUUCCCCAAACAAAAGUGGUAUAAUGCUUAAAAUAACUUAUUAUACAGCUCUGCAAAUUCAAAGUUCACCAGGCUCCACUCUAAUCAUGUUUAUUAAACCACCAGUAACACUUAUUUUUUAUAUAUUUAUUUUUGACUGUCUAGUUGUAAUGUUAGUCACCAAGGCAAGGUGAUGGAUUACUUAUGUUUUUUAUUUUACUGUGAAUUAAAAAGGAACAUUUCUACCUGCUGUUCUUUUUAAAAUUCAUGUAUCGGGAAUUAAUUCCUGGAGUUGUUUACGAGUGUGUUCUCAUGUCAACAUACAGGGAUUUAGACAUUUAACUCUCUGUGCCUUGAUGAGAAUAUCACACCAUUUGGAGUGUAGAUACCUUCGCCUUUAUUUAAAAGCCAUUAUAUUAUGAGAUUGAGUACUAACUCUGCGUCCACUGUCAGUGUGGUGUAGUGGUGGUGUCUGUGAAAAUGCACCAUAGUCUUCUGGAAUCCCUGGAAAAUACUGGAAGCCCCAUACUGGUUUCCCUUGUGGUCCAUGAAGGUCUUGUCUUCAGUGUAACUGUACAAGUGGGCCAGGUCUUUUAGUCUGGGAAGCUGUUGCCUUAUUGAUGAUUAUCUUAAAGUUUCCUCUACUGGGGCCGUGUUGGGCCAAAUUAAAACAGUAAAAUAACCCAACUCCCCUGCCAAAAUUAAUUAUUCUUGAAGAAGCCUCUUAUUUGGCUGACAUAGUGCUCCUCACAUUGAUCCCAUUACCUUAAGAAGAAUUGACGACAGUGAUUGCUUUAACUUUGGUAGUCUUAGCUCUGCACUUUGUUUGGCUUACGAUGAGACACAAUGGAAGAGAUUUAAAAAAAAAUUCCCUACUUCCGUUUCCUAUAUUCUGCACUUGGAGUUUCUAAAGUACAGUGGUGGUUGAUUUUGAGUUCCUUUUAAAAUUGAAGCCAAUAAAAACAUUAUCCUGCUUAAUAUUUAGAUAUUUACAAGUAGAAUUAAAUGCUCAACUCAUGUUUGGUAUCUUAAAGUAAAAUCAGGUGUAGCUUGGAGGACCAAAGACAUUGUUAGUUAUAAAUUUAUCUUUCUGAGAUCUAUUGUAUUCCUUUGUAAAUGACUUCCCUAGAAGUGUUCUCAUUAAGGUCUAAUGUAUCCAUAGGCUGUCAUCUUAUUGGUAAAUGCAAAAUAAUUACCUUGUUUUACUCUGGUCUGUAGUGCUUUAAAAUUACCUUUUCAUAUCCACGACUUCGAAUCCAUUUUGGGGACUUUUAACACUGUUCAAUGAAAUUGUCUGAAUUUUAUGUGUGUCUGUGUGUAUUCCUGAAGUUAAUUCUAUUUAAAUUAUUAAAGUGUUAUAACUUUG